AUGGCUGAUGAGGUGAAGCUCCAUGGAGUAUGGAACAGUCCAUUUAGUUGCAGGGUGAUAUGGGUUUUGAAGCUGAAAGGCAUCCCAUAUGAUUACACAGAAGAAGAUCUUCAAAAGAAAAGUCCUGAGAUCCUCAAAUACAACCCAGUUCACAAGAAAAUCCCGGUGCUCGUUCAUGGAGUAUGGCCAAUCUGUGAGUCCAUGAUCAUAGUCGAAUACAUAGAAGAAACAUGGCCACAGAAGUACCCUUUGCUGCCCACUGAUCCUUAUGAGAGAGCCAUGGCUUGGUUCUGGGUUAAAUAUUUCGACGAAAAGUGCAUCUCUUUGGCUAAGUGA